AUGUCGUCAACAAAAGGUCUUGCCCUAGUCACUGGCGCAAACGGCUUCAUCGGGGCCCGGACAGUUGAAGCCUACCUCCUGGCCGGCUACUCCGUCCGCGCCGCUGUCAGGACCCAGCGCUCCGCAGACGAACUCACCGCCGCCCUCCCUUUGCAAGCCGCAUCGGGCCAGCUGUCCACAGCCAUCGUCCCAGAUAUUACCGUCCCAGGUGCCUUUGACGAAGCACUCAAAGGCGUCACCUCCAUAGCCCACCUCGCGACACCCGUCAACUUCACCAACACAAAUGUCGAGGAGGUCCUGGGGACUGCCGUGCAGGGCACGCUCGGCAUCCUUGAAUCAGCGAUAAACGUGACCGGCUUGAAGUCAUUCGUGUACAUGUCGUCCAUCGUGGCGAUCCGCGGCUCGAGUCCCAAGUUCCAGGGGCGGGUUGUCUCGGAAGCGGACUGGAACGACGAGGCGGAGGAGAUUCUCGAGAAGGCGGGCUCCGAGGCGACGGGUCACCAAAUCUACGGCGCCAGUAAGGUGAAGGGAGAGCGCGCUUUCUGGGACUUCAAGGAGAAGAAUAAGGACAAGAUCAACUUCAGCAUGACGGCCGUCAACCCCGUGUGGGUUGCCGGCCCUCCGCUUAUCCUCCCCGAGGACCCGAAGAGGCUGAGUGAUACUGCCAUUAUUGCGUAUCGCGUCAUGAGCGGCGAAGAGGUGCCGCCUGUGGGACCUGGCAACGGGACGCACGUUGAUGCCCGGGAUGUCGGGCGUCUUAUUGUGUUCGCUGCCGAUAGACCGGACGUGGCUGAUGGGCAACGCUUCAUCGCUGGUGGGAACGGUAACUUUGCCAACAUUCAGGCGUAUUGCGACCUGUUGAGGAAGGCGUAUCCUGAGAGGAGGGAUAUCAUCCAGGAGGGAGAGCCUGGGAAGGGGUAUCUGGAAGACUACGGCGAGCCACCUGAGUCACGAAGGGUCGAUGCAUCGAAAGCUUCAAAGGCGACUGGACAGUGUUGGAUCACUUUUGAUAAGAUGAUUCUGGAUGCGGCCAAGGCUUAUGAGAGGUAUUUCUAG